ACGUCUAUGGUUGAACGUAUACUGCACGGAUUGUUAAAGUAAUGCGUGGGAAAUCUUAGUUCAGAGAUUGCAGUUACCUUUUGCCAUUUAGAGAUCCUGUCAGAGCACUGAUUUUAUAUAGUUGAAAGUUUUGCAUUGCAACUAGUAAGCAGGAGUCGCCCUUUUGUAAGCAAGCACCGAAGCUGCUUUGGGGAAACAUGAAUUGUACCAAAAAGAAGCUGUGCUGGCUCCAGUUUCCACUCUCUGGGGUUUUUGUCUGCACCCUCUACCAGCUGACCAUCAGUGCCAGACUUCAUGAGCCCCUGCCAAGGACUCUGAUUGGAGAGGAUUUUGGAGAAGGUUCAAUAAAUGGGGUUGAGAUGGCUCAGGGGCUGGAGGAGCCUCUCAGUGCAACACAUGAAUUAGAGCCCACAGAUCAAACAACAUCAGAGAUGCAUUUGGCUCAUAAUACGGAUACAACUACAGAUUUUAAAGCACCCACCCCCCCUGAAAUUACACCAUCAUCGAUGGCAAAUCCGACUUUUGUGGCCCCUGAGCCUUCGCAGGAGACACCCACACUUCAGCAUAUUAGGAGCAAGUACCCUGCCGAUUUAUUUUCUGUUGAAGACCUUAGACGAGGCUGGGUAAUCCUCCACAUUUUUGGGAUGAUGUACAUGUUCAUCUCACUUGUGACUGUGUGUGAUGAGUUCUUUGUUCCUUCGCUGAGUGUGAUCUCAGACAAGCUUGCCAUUUCUGAUGAUGUAACAGGAGCCACCUUCAUGGCUGCUGGAAGAUCCAUCUCUAAAGUUUUUGCCCUCAUCAUAGGACUCUUCUUCACCCACAGCAAUGUGGGAAUUGGCACAAUCGUUGGCUCAGCAAUCUACAAUAUUUUGUUUGUGAUUGGAAUGUGUGCUCUGUUUUCACGGGGGGUUCUUCGUCUGACCUGGUGGCCACUUUUCAGAGAUGUAUCCUUCUACAUACUUGGCCUCAUCUUACUCAUCAUUUUCUUCCUGGAUAAUGUCAUAGAGUGGUGGGAGAGCCUGAUGCUGGUGACCGCUUACACUGCCUAUGUGAUUUUCAUGAAGUUCAAUGUGCAAAUAGAGGGAGCCUUCAAGACCCAACUGCUCAAACACAAGAACGUUGUUGUUACUGUGGAGGAACCUGAACAGGAGGACAUGCCUGCAGGUGAGGAGGGGUCAGGAGGCGCUGAAGAUGCUGAAAGUGAUGAAGAUGACAUCGAUAAAGAGGGUGAUAAUGAUGUUGAGACUGAGGAGAAAGUGAAGGAAGGAGAGGAGAAAAAUGACAAGCCCCUGUCUCUAAAGUGGCCCGACACACCGCGCAAACAAGCCACCUACCUCUUCCUGCUGCCCAUAAGCCUCCCGCUGUGGCUCACAGUUCCUGAUGUCCGCAACCAGAAAUCCAGAAAAUUCUUUGCGGUCACCUUCCUGGGCUCUAUUCUGUGGAUUGCUGUCUUUUCCUACUUCAUGGUGUGGUGGGCCAAUCAGGUGGGUGAGACAUUUGGCAUCUCAGAGGAGAUUAUGGGCCUGACCAUCUUGGCUGCAGGGACGUCCAUCCCCGACCUCACCACCAGUGUGAUCGUGGCUCGUAAAGGCCUGGGGGACACGGCUAUGUCCAGCUCUCUGGGCAGUAACAUCUUCAACAUCACUGUGGGACUUCCACUCCCGUUGCUCCUGUACUCAGUCAUCCAUGGUUUGGUUCCAGUGGCCGUCAGCAGCAAUGGGCUCCUCUGUUGCACUAUGCUGCUCUUCAUCUCUCUCCUCUUUGUCAUAACCUGCAUUGCAUCCUCAGUUUGGACUACAGCUUGUGCCACAAUACCCAGCUGUGGAAAUCUGCUUUUGGAGAUUUUUGCACCCCUGACUCCACAAGGUAAGUCUCCACCUGUUGUUAUUCAGUCUGGGUUUGUGCGUUGAUGUUUUGCCUUUGCUCGUGCGUA